AUGAUUGUGGCAGGCGACUUGUUCGACACAACUUUAUGCGUGACUCUCGGCUUCACCACCAUGGCGGCGGCCGCUCUGGGCAACUGGAUCUCCGACUUGAUGGGUCUGUGGCUGGGUUCUCGGAUCGAGGCUCUCAGCUCUCGGCUUCUCCCUAUCCCGAAACCGGGCUUAACACCGGAACAGCGCGAGAGCCCCAUAUGCCGCCAGCACUACUACAUUGGGACUGGUAUCGGGAUUUCGAUCGGGUGUCUCCUCGGCAUGACACCUCUCCUUUUCCUCGACACCAAGGAAGGCGAGAGAAGAAAGCAACAGAGAGAACAUGCGCGCGUGCUACACUCAGAAGUCGCUGCAGCACUCCAGAACUACCUCCAGGCUGAGCGCGUCGUCCUCUACCUCUUGGACUCCACCGACAAUACGCUCUAUACGCUUGUAGAUGGCCAGCGCGUCUGUGUACCCUCUCACGUAGGCACUCCCGGCGUUGUGUUCGAGACCGGCAAACUCAUCAGUUGGGAAGGGAGGCAUGUGAAGGACACCCAGGAAACAAACGGGGGACCUUUAUCAGAGCGAGAGAAAUCAGUUUCUCUCUCUUCUCUGUCGUCUCUCCUCAUCGCUUCCCCUCUCUGUGCAAUCAUCAACGAUAAUUACAGCGAUCGUAGUUCUUCUUCAUCUCCUUCUUCGUCUCCUUCUUCUCCGUCUUCCUCUUCUUCGUCUUCUUCUUCUCCGUCCUCCUCUUCUUCAUCUUCCUCUUCUUCGUCUUCCUCUUCUUCGUCUCCUUCGUCCUCCUCUUCUUCGUCUCCUUCUUCUCCGUCUUCCUCUCCAUCGUCUUCCUCUUCUUCCGUUCGUGCUUCUGUUUCUUCACUUCCGUGUGCUGUAUCCCCACCUGAGACGAGAGAGGAGAAGACAUCCGGGGUGGAGGAAGAUGCGGAACGGGCGUAUUUGAUCUCUCCACUUCUUUCAGCUUUCUCUGCGUUUUGGAGCCGCGUCCGAGGGCGAGUAGACACGGCUACGGGAGACACGGAAAAGCGAGAGAAAGAGGAGACAGAACCCCGCCCUUCGAUUGGACAGAGGACAGACGCGGGAGGGACAGAAUCCGCACACGAGGGCAAAGCAGAUGGACAGAAGGCGCCGAAGGCUAAGACUGAUAACGAAGCACACAAGAACGGUGAAGCUUCUUCACUUCCCUUUCCGGGUGUACAUACACCCUCCGGCGCGUCGGAAGUGAGGCACGUCUUGGCGGCCCCUGUGUUUGGGUUUGAGGGGAACAUCAUCGGCGUCAUAGAGGUGAUUAACCCCAUCCGGCGGUCUCGCUUCAGCCGACAGGACCGAGACUUCCUCAUCUCCAUAUGUCCCCAUAUUGCAGUUGAAGUCGAAGGUCACCAACAUCUCACCAAGAUCCUCGAAUUGUGUCGGAAGCAGGCGGCUAGCCGAGAGAAGGCGACGCCCGUGAGCGACCGCGAGGUUGACGACGAAAGUUGGCUCGAACCCCAAAACGACAUGUAG